GUAAAUAAAGGUCCGCGUCGUCGGAGCAGCUCGCGGUGGCGGCAUCAUUGGGCACCAGGCGGCACACUUGUGAUGUUGCGAUGAUUACUUGGUUCGAAAUGUGCAAUUGCUUGUUGAGUGCUUCGAGAUAAGAUUCGCCUUUGGACCGAUGUUUUUUUGCACUCGGUCACGGUGAACUCCAGUUGCAGCCGUGAUGUCGUACCCAACGAAGUAGAGUGAGGCUCCAUUUCGAUCGAAACGAACGUGCAUAUUGCGCCACGAUUAACAUGCAUUAGCCAGUCAUCGUGAUUUACACGCCGAACUUGGAACUUAGUCUCAUGUCGUGCAGUUGAACCGAUGUCAAUAUGGUAUCUCCGUGGUGCUACUUCAUACUCUCGGUGGCCCUGCUUAUCGGCCUGCUCCGCAAAUGUCGAGAGCAUAGUUGGGGCAGAUGCAAGAGCACUAGUAAUCUGCAGGGUCGGGUGUUUCUUGUAACCGGUGCCAACUCUGGCAUCGGCAAGGAGACGACAAAGGAGCUUGCCAAGCGAAAAGCAACGGUUAUUAUGGCCUGCAGGAAUGUACAGAAUGCGAAAAAUGCUAUAGCAGAAAUACGUUACAAAAUAUCCACUGGCGAGCUGAUUCCUAUGGAGCUGGAUCUGGCGUCUUUCUCAUCGAUCAGAGAUUUUGCCAAUGAAGUAGUGAAGAAAUUUCCCCAGAUUCACGUGUUAAUCAAUAAUGCUGGGGUAUAUGCACCUCUGAAAGAUCACGCAUUGACAAAAGAUGGGUUUGAGAUACAUUUUGGAGUAAAUCAUUUAGGCCACUUUCUACUUACCAAUUUACUUCUGGAUUGUCUGAAGGAAAGUGCUCCCAGCAGAAUAGUAGUAGUGACAUCCAAGCUUAUGGAAUCUGGAGUAAUAGAUUUUUCCAAUCUAAAUGGGGAGAAAGCAUUGCCAGUAAAAAGUAGAAUGAAUCCUGGUUACUGCAACUCAAAACUUGCUAAUGCAUACUUUGCCACUGAACUUGCAAAUCGAACAAAAAAUACUGGAGUUAACGUUUACAUGGUGUGUCCUGGAUUUACCUAUACUGGUCUCUUCAGAAACGUGAAAAGAAGCUGGUUUCAUUAUAUCAUCUUUUCGCCUAUAGCUCUUAUGUUUUUACGUACUCCAAAUCAGGGUGCUCAAACGGUAUUGCAUUGCGCGACAGAAUCAUCGUUGUCUGAGGAAAGUGGACAUAUGUAUCGCGACUGCAACCUUUACAUCUCUAAAAAGAAUCUAGAAUCAGAAGUAGCGCUCCGUCUGUGGGAAGUAAGUAUGAAAUUGACUGGCAUAAAGGAGGUCACGAAAUAAAUGAUUUUAGGAUACAUGCCCAUGUUGUACAUGUACAAUUGACAGCAAAAAUACUGUUCUCUUCUGAAGUAGCAGAAAAUUGCACUUGCAUUGUGAUUCUCUUUCUUCUCCAAUAAUUUAUUGGUUAGUUGCUGAAGGAGAAAUCACAGUGAUUAGACUUAUAAAGGAAAGGACUCUCGAUGCAAAUGCAAUUCUACUUACAUAUAAAUCGGAGAGCACUUUUGCUCUUCAUUGUGCCAUUGUAAUUUCACCUUUAUCGUAUUCUAAGUAAUUAUUCGAUAUUUAUUUGUAUACAUAUAUAGGAAAUAGACAAUGUUAAUGUGGCACAUUUUUAUUUCCAUUUUUAUAUAUUUAAUGUCAUAGCAAAUAAAUUUUAUAUAUAUGUAUAUUUUAAGGUAAGAUACAUAUCUUCUAUAUUUUGAUGUAUAUGUAUAUUUAUCUUUAUAUAUUAAAUGCCAACACAAUCUGUAAAUUCUAUAAAUCCUUUACGAGUGCGGCCUUCUGUUCAUUUCACGUUGAACAGUCUGAUGUAAAGUAUCGUAACUCUAAAAAUUAAGCAUAGAAAAAAUGUAUGUAUUUAGAAUAAAAUUCUAAAUAGCUCCUUCAAAUUUUUAAAUUUUAUCAAACGAUUUUGUGUCAAUUGUUGUGAAUAUAUUGAUUGAAGUUAAUUCAAAUUAAUUUUAUG